AUGCUUCAGGUGAAGCUAAUAGUAACUGGAGAUGACUUUGGCUAUUGUCCUCGGAGAAACCAAGGCAUUGUGGACUGUUUCCUGGCUGGCGCGAUAUCUAACGUGUCCCUUUUAGUCAACGGAAGUGCUGCAGCAGAUGCAGCCAAGCUGGCAAGGAGAUACAACAUCCCAAUAGGCCUGCAUGCCAACCUCUCCGAGGGCUCCCCUGUGUGUGAGGUGCUCAAGACAAACUCUUCUCUGCUCAACCAAGAUGGAUUCUUCCAUGGAAAAAUGGGAUUCAGAACAGCUCUAUCAAAAGGUCUCCUGAAUAUGUCAGAGGUGAAGCAGGAGCUAAAGGCCCAGGUGGAGCUGUUCCAUGAGCUGACAGGUCACCUACCUCCUCACAUGGAUGGCCACCAGCACGUCCAUGUUCUCCCAGAGGUCAGGCAUGUGUUUGCAGAGGUGUUAGAGGAAUAUGGGAUUAAGUACACACGUGUCCCCAUAGAGCCAGGCCUGCAUAACUGUGACUGGAUUCCACCAUCCCUGAUGGACUUUUACCUGGGAGUAGAAGAAGAUUCUUUUAACACAGUGGAUGUGUUUACAAAGCAUGGAAUAAGCAUUAACAGCAGCGUUCCCUCCUCUGGCUGCAGGUGGCCAGACAUUUACAUAGGCCUGAGCACCAUGGGCAGGAACAUGUCUGUCAGCAGCAUCCGCAGCGCCAUCGACAGCGCCGUCCUGCAGCCCCCGGCCAGGGCAGCGCAGAGCGGCACCGUGACAAUCGAGCUGAUGGUGCACCCGGGGUACCCCAGUGUCCCACCCGUCGGGGGCUGUGGGGAAGGACCAGAUGAUUUCUCACAGUCCUGGGAACGCCUCCAUGAACUCCAGACAUUAAUUAAGCCAGAGCUGCAGAGCCAUUACAAGAGCAGGAACAUUCAGCUGUGUUCAUUCAAAGAUCUUUAAAUAAAUGACCAUCCAUCCAUCCA